AGGUUGCCCUCCGCCCAUCUCCCCCCACCCCGACAGCUGUCCAGCUCUUGGAAUUCAUUGGCUUCCCCACUCCGCCUCCCAAAUACCACCCCAAUCCUGUUUAGCCCCCCACCCCACCGUCGCUGACCUAAUAAGGCCAUGCAAGUGUGGGGGGACCUAUAUAAAAGGUGAGGGCUCGCGGGGACUGUGCACGGCGGAGGAGGAGAGAAGGCAGCAGCCGUCCAGUGCCCAAGAAAACGACCAUGGCCAAGGAGUGGGGUUACGCCGACCACAACGGUCCUGACCACUGGCAUGAACUUUACCCGAUUGCCAGCGGAAACAAACAGUCGCCCAUUGAAUUGCACACUAAAGACAUCAAGCACGACGCUUCCCUGAAGCCAUGGUCAGCAUCUUAUGACCCCGGCUCUGCCAAGACCAUCCUGAACAAUGGGAAGACCUGCAGGGUUGUGUUUGAUGAUACUUAUGACAGGUCAAUGCUGAGAGGUGGUCCUCUCACUGCACCCUACCGGCUUCGCCAGUUUCAUCUUCACUGGGGCUCCUCGGAUGAUCACGGCUCUGAGCACAGCGUGGAUGGAGUCAAGUAUGCAGCGGAGCUUCAUUUAGUUCACUGGAAUUCAAAUUAUAACAGUUUUGGAAGUGCUCUGAAGAAAUCUGAUGGAGUAGCUGUGGUUGGCAUUUUUCUGAAGAUAGGACAGGAGAAAGGCGAGUUCCAGGUGCUCGUUGAUGCGCUGGACAAAAUAAAGACCAAGGGCAAGGAGGCGCCCUUCACGAACUUCGACCCGUCCUGCCUGUUCCCCGCCUGCCGAGACUACUGGACCUACCACGGCUCCUUCACCACGCCGCCCUGCGAGGAGUGCAUCGUGUGGCUCCUGCUGAAGGAGCCGAUCACCGUGAGCUCCGGACAGAUGGCCAAGCUGCGGAGCCUCUAUUCCAGUGCGGAAAAUGAGCCCCCGGUGCCCCUGGUGAGGAACUGGCGCCCUCCACAGCCUGUCAAAGGCAGGGUAGUGAAGGCCUCCUUCAAAUGAGGCUGCUGGAGCUUGCCCUCUUCAGGAAAGGAAACCGACACUGCAGAGCUUGGUUCCUUGCCUCCUUUUGGUGCUUCUUACUCCAAGUAUUUCACUUUUCCAUACCAAGCAAUGAAGAUGAGAGAUGUGAUCACCAAGAAACCGGAAUUAACUAUUGACAAGACCUAAUAUGAAAGCAUUUGGCCUUUUUAAUAAUCACCUUUCUUGUAAAAACAGCAUUUCUAGUAAGGUUUCAAAGAAGAAGAAACAGAGUUGGAAGAGGAAAGGUAGAGAAGAAUGGCUGUUGGGCACUGUUUUUGUGUCAUCUUAAAUUUCACAUAACUUCAGUUUACUCUUUCCAUGUUAUGAGUUAUUCAUCUUAAAGAAAUAAUGGGUAAUUAUAUACGUGGGGGUAGAGGUGUCUGAAGAUCGUAUAGCAACUCAGCAUAAGCCAGAAAUUAAAAUGACUGUGGAUACCAAGAACUGAGAUGAUGAUGUGUUUUAACCUUUAUAUAAAACCAAUAAGAGAUCCAUCACUUAUUAACAUUUAACCUACUGUAAAGAUUGCCUGGUUUUGAGUAUCAAUGAAAGUAAAAUACACUGACUAGGAAUUU